GAUACACUGAGUCUCGGGUCGAACCGGGCGAUAUGAACCGAAGGCUCCCAUUCUAUCGCCAUGAGAGGAUGGUGUCGCUCUCGAUUCCAGCUGCGGGCUCUUCUUCGCCGUUCUCCUCCUUCUCUCUCGACCUUCUCCGUCGAGACCGUCGGGAUCGGGUUUCGAAGGCCCUCUGCUCCUCUCCUACUACUUCUUCACGUGAUUCGAACCCAGAGCCAUCUCCUCAGCGGCCGCAGCGAGUCCUCAGAGGUAAUCAUGCGGGGCUGCGGCUGGAGGAGAGCGUGGAGAUUGGGGCGGAGAAGACCAGGCUCGACUCCUGGAUCUCCUCUCGGAUCCAAGGCGUCAGCCGAGCUCGGAUUCAGUCCAGCAUCCGCUCUGGCUUCGUCGUCGUCAAUGGCCGAACGGUGGACAAGGUUUCACACAUAAUCAAAGGAGGGGACAUGGUUAGCUGCACAGUUUCUGAGUUGCAACCCUUGAGAGCUAAAGCAGAAGAUAUACCUCUGGAUAUAGUGUAUGAAGAUGCUUAUGUUCUUGUAGUAAACAAACCUGCGCACAUGCAAUGGAUUUCUCUGGCUCCUUGCUUGAGUGAAGAGAAUUAUACGAAGUUGGAGGCUUGUUUUUCUGAUUGUCAAGGUUGUUCACCCAGCACCUGGAAAUGUAAAUGGCACACUGAAUCUUCGGACAAUGAGAUGGACAACUAUUAUUUUGAUCAAUCCUCUGUGGAAGGAGUAAGUUCAGAAAAUUCUGAAGCUCUUGUUCGCCCUGGUAUUGUGCACAGAUUGGACAAAGGGACAAGCGGAUUGCUUGUUGUAGCCAAGGAUGAGCAUUCUCAUGCCCAUUUAGCUGAACAGUUCAAGCUACACACUAUCCAUAGAGUAUACAUCAGUCUUACUUGUGGAGUCCCUAACCCAAGUUCUGGAAGGAUUGAAAUACCUAUAGCUCGUGAUUCGAAUAAUAGAAUCCGCAUGGCUGCCGUUUCUGGGACAAGUAACAGUAGACAUGCUCGUUAUGCUGCUAGUAGGUAUAAAGUAAUCAAGGUUCUGGGUGGCGGCGGCUCAUCAUUAGUGGAGUGGAGAUUGGAAACCGGGCGCACUCACCAGAUCCGUGCGCAUGCAAAGUAUCUGGGAAUUCCUCUAUUAGGUGAUGAGGUGUAUGGAGGUACUAAAAGCAUGGCACUGUCGCUGUUGCGGCCAAGAACUUCUUCGAGUCAUCAUGGCCAUCUCUCUCAAAUUUUAUCAAAAGUACAGAGGCCUUGCCUUCAUGCUUCAUUGCUUGGAUUUAAGCAUCCUCAUACAGGUGAGCAUCUACGAUUCUCAUGCCCGCCACCAGAUGAUUUUGCUGAGGUAUUGGAUCAACUUCAGAGCAUAUCUCCUUGCUGAACUUUGCCUGCAUCUCCCACUGUCGACGUCUGCCCAUGACCUCUGUGGUGGUGCACGCGCCCCAUCCCCAGGCUGUUCAAACCCUGGUGGCAGCUGUAGAAUCACCCUGUGCACCUGAAUACCUGGCUUGUUGAAGGCCGCCCGGCUGCUGGCCUCCAUCCACUCCUUGCUCUCGCACCGAUUGUUUCACUAGAGCAACUUUUUCAUGUCCUACAAGAAGUAUCUCAUAUUUUCAGAUUGGAUUCAGGGAGUAAGAUAUGUGAGCCCAACAGCAUAUAAGCUUUUGAAUUUGAGUUCUUUUUUUCAUUUCAUUUCUGCUUUUAUUCUAAAAUAUCCUCUAUUUAACUCCAAAAUAAUAUCUGCAUGUGGCCUACCCUCUUAAGGUUACAUGGGCAAGAAUUUUAACUCUUUUUUA